GGAGGGGUCGGCAACGAGGGACCCCCCCGGAGAAACAGACGGAGGCAGAGUGGAGGCGGACAGAGUUCCAGCCGCUAGGAGUGGACACUGGACAGGAAGAGGGGCGGGGCCUCAGGUUACCCGGCGCAGCCUAGUGCUGGGGCUGACAGCAGCAGGGCUCAGAGCACGGCAUUACUGCGGCAGAGCACAUGGCAGCGUCAAGUGUUCCUGGUGCCCUGGGUCCCCCCGAGUAACCGGGCAUGUUCCUGGGCCUGGCUGCUCCCCAUGAUGUACAGGGCAGGGGAGCCAGUGAAGAGGCCACCCCUGGGGCCUGUGCCCCCGCGCUUGCGGAGCGUGGAGGUGGCCCGAGGCCGCGCUGGCUACGGCUUCACACUCGCAGGGCAGGCACCCUGCGUGCUCAGCGGAGUCAUUCGGGGCAGCCCUGCAGAUUUCGUUGGCCUCCGCGCCGGGGACCAGAUCUUCACCAUCAAUGAGAUCAAUGUGAAGAAGGCCUCGCACGAGGAUGUGGUGAAGCUCAUCGGGAAGUGCUCUGGCGUGCUGCGCCUGGUCAUCGGCGAGGGUGCCGGUCACCCCGAGGCCUGCUCCAGUGAUGACGAGGGCGGGCUCUGCGAGGGCAAGGGCUGGCUGAGGCCCAAGCUGGACUCCAAGGCCCUGGGGAUUAACAGGGCGGAGAGGGUUGUGGAAGAGAUGCAGUCAGGGGGCAUUUUCAGCAUGAUUUUUGAAAACCCAAGUCUUUGCAUGAGUACCCCAGAGCCCUCCCAGGGGAAGCAGAGAUCCCUGUCAGAGUCAGCCUCCGUGCGUCUGGAAGGCAGUCCCAAUGCUGUGCAAACCGGCCUACUCUCUAAGGAGGAGUUAGUGCGAGUGAUCCAUGAUGACUCUGUUUUCAGCGCCGGCCCGGAGAACCUGGACAGCUUCGCACUGGAUGCGAGUAUCCUGAAUGUGGCUAUGGUCGUGGGCUACCUGGGUUCCAUCGAGCUGCCCUCUACCAGCUGCAACCUGGAAUCUGACAGCCUGCAGGCCAUCCGUGGAUGCAUGAGGCGUCUUCGGGCCGAGCAGAAGAUCCACUCACUGGUCACCAUGAAGGUCAUGCAUGACCGCGUGCUGCUGUGCUCUGACAAGGCCUGUGUGGUGGCUGAGUACCCGGCCGAGAAGCUGGCGUUCAGUGCUGUGUGCCCUGAUGACAGGCGGUUCUUCGGGUUGGUGACUAUGCAGACAAACGAUGAUGGGAGCCUGGCCCAGGGCGAGGAGGGUGCCCUGAGGACAUCCUGCCAUGUGUUCAUGGUGGACCCUGACCUGUUCCACCACAAGAUCCACCAGGGCAUCGCACGGCGCUUUGGGUUCAUGUGCACGGCAGACCCUGACACCAGCGGCUGUUUGGAGUUCCCAGCAUCCUCACUGCCAGUGCUGCAAUUCAUCUCCAUACUGUACCGGGACAUGGGCGAGUUCAUCGAGGGCGUGCGGGCCCGUGCCUUCCUGGACGGCGAUGCCGACGCCCACCAGAACAACAGCACCAGCAGCAACAGCGACAGCGGCAUCGGGAACUUCAACCAGGAGGAAAAGAGCAACCGGGUGCUUGUGGUUGACCUGGGCGGGGGCCUGAGCAGGCACGGCCCAGGCAGCAGCGCCAGCUGGGAGGGCGCAGGUGCCAGGAGCUCGCAGUCCUGGGCUGCAUCCUGGAGCAGGUCCUUCUGCCACAGCCCUGAGGGGUGUGCCUCGUUUGAGGCCGGUCCACAGGCAGACAGGCUGCGGGACUUGAGCAAGCACCUGGGGCCAGCCUCGCACACUGAGGGCACCCCUGCCUCGCUGUGGAGUUCCGUCCCUCCUUCCAAGAGGGGCUCUGCCAGCACCAGCUGUGGUCUCAGCCAGAGGUGGCUUCCUGUACACGUACUCCAGGAGUGGCAGUGUGGCCAUGCCAGUGACCAGGAGUCCUACACGGACUCCACAGAUGGCUGGUCCAGUGUCAACUGUGGCACGCUGCCGCCCCCCAUGAGCAAGAUCCCCGCGGACCGCUACCGAGUGGAGGGGAGCUUCAUGCAGGCCCCGCUGAGUGCCCAGAAGCGGGACUGGGCCAGGAAGGCUUUUGGAAUGCAGAACCUCUUUGGGCCUUCUCGAAAUGUCAGGAGGACCAAGGAGGACAAAAAGGGCUCCAAAUUUGGCCGAGGAAUUGGACUUGCACAGACAUCCCAGCGCAGCUCUGCCCGAAGAUCCUUCAGAAGAUCCAAGAGGUUCAGCAUCACCCGUUCUCUCGACGACCUUGAGUCUGCAACUGUGUCUGAUGGGGAGCUGACGGGUGCCGACCUAAAGGACUGUGUGAGCAGCAACAGCCUGAGCAGCAAUGCCAGCCUCCCGAGCGUGCAAAGCUGCCGACGCCUGCGUGAGAGGAGGGUCGCCAGCUGGGCCGUGUCCUUCGAGCGCCUGCUGCAGGACCCUGUCGGCAUCCGAUACUUCUCUGACUUCCUAAGGAAGGAGUUCAGUGAGGAAAACAUUCUCUUCUGGCAGGCCUGCGAGUAUUUUAAUCAUGUUCCUGCACAUGACAAGAAAGAGGUGGAAACGCACCGUGCACCUGUGUGUCCGCGUCCUAGCCUGCUCAGGCCUCUCUGCCGUCAGCUGUCCCACAGGGCCAGGGAGAUUUUCAGUAAGUUCCUGUGCAGCAAAGCUACAACGCCCGUCAACAUUGACAGUCAGGCCCAGCUGGCAGACGACAUCCUCAACGCGCCGCACCCGGACAUGUUCAAGGAACAGCAGCUCCAGAUUUUCAACCUGAUGAAGUUUGAUAGCUACACGCGCUUUCUGAAGUCACAGCUGUACCAGGAGUGCAUCCUGGCCGAGGUGGAGGGCCGUGCCCUCCCAGAUGCCCAGCAGGUGCCCAGCAGCCCGGCCUCUAAGCACAGCAUUGGCUCUGACCACUCCAGCACGUCCACGCCCAAGAAGCUGAGUGGGAAAUCAAAGUCGGGAAGAUCCCUGAAUGAAGACGCAGGGGACGAGGACAGUGAGAAGAAGCGCAAAGGGGCCUUCUUCUCCUGGUCAAGGAGCAGGAGUACGGGGCGGUCCCAGAAGAAGAAGGAGCCCGGAGACCAUGGCCAAGACACCCUUCCCACCAAUGGAGGUUUGUGCCGCCGCCGAGAGUCCCAGGGCUCCGUGUCCUCUGCAGGGAGCCUGGACCUGCCAGAGGCCUGCAGGACCCUGGUGCCAGAAAAGGACAAGGCUGUGAAGCACUGCUGCAUCUACCUCCCAGAUGGGGCAACCUGUGUGGUGGCUGUCAAGUCCGGCUUCUCCAUUAAAGAGAUCUUGGCUGGCCUCUGCGAGCGGCACGGCAUCAAUGGGGCUGCUGUGGACCUCUUCCUGGUGGGCGGGGACAAGCCUCUGGUGCUGCAUCAGGAUAGCAGCAUCCUGGCAUCACGGGACCUGCGUCUGGAAAAGCGCACGCUCUUUCGACUGGACCUUGUUCCGAUUAACCGCUCCGUGGGACUCAAGGCCAAGCCCACCAAGCCUGUCACCGAGGUGCUGCGGCCAGUGGUGGCCAAGUAUGGCCUGGACCUGGGCAGCCUGCUGGUGAGGCUGAGUGGAGAGAAGGAGCCCCUGGACCUUGGUGCCCCAAUAUCAAGCCUGGAUGGACAGCGGGUCGUCCUGGAGGAGAGGGAUCCAGCCAGAGGCAGAGCACCCACAGAUAAGCAGAAGGGUGCCCUGGCCAAGCCCAGCGCCGCUGCCAGCUCCCGGCCCAGAGACCGCUCAGCUACGGGAGAGGAAAGGACACUAGGCAAGUCUAAUUCUAUUAAAAUAAAAGGAGAAAAUGGAAAAAAUGCUAGGGAUCCCCGGCUUUCAAAGAGAGAAGAAUCUAUUGCAAAGAUUGGGAAAAAAAAAUAUCAGAAAAUUAAUUUGGAUGAAGCAGAGGAGUUUUUUGAGCUCAUUUCCAAAGCUCAGAGCAACAGAGCAGAUGACCAGCGUGGGCUGCUAACGAAAGAAGAUCUGGUAUUGCCUGAGUUUCUCCGCCUACCUCCUGGCUCCACGAAACUCCCCCUCUGCACCCUAGCUGCGGGCAAAGGCUUUAGUAAGAGACCUGAAACGACAGGCCACAGCAGGGAGAAGGCAUCACUUCCUAGCGACAGCCCGGCCACCAGCCCCGGCUCCACCCAAAGCACCAGCUCAGCCCAGAGCCCUGGCUCGGCCCAGAGCCCUGGCUCAGCGCACAGCCCUUCUGGGCCUCGUGGGGCCAGCCCACUUGGGCAGAAGGUGCAGGAGGGCCCUACCCAGGUCUGGAGGAGGAGGCAGUCUCAGGAAGUCGAAGACGGGGGCAUCCAGACAGAGGACGAGUCCAGGGCUGACCUGACCCUGGUGGGGGAGGGGGACAUCAGCAGCCCCAACAGCACGUUGCUGCCGCCGCCCCCGAGUCCCCAGGAUGCACCGGGACCUCUGAGACCAGGAGGCAGGGCCCGUGGCAGCCAAGGCCUCCCAGUCAACAGGAUCUUCGACGUGGACCUUGCUGCUGGCAUGGCGCCCAGGGUAUGGCCAGGCCCCAGGAGGGCAAGGCCAAUGAGGCCCCCAGCAUCAGACUGCCCUGGCCAGAGCCCCAGCCCUGGGGAGCCCAAGGCCAAGCUGAGCACCCACCAUGCCACGUUCGUCUGAAACUGCCUUCCCUGGCCUGGCCUGCACCUUGGCCUGCACCCUGGUGGGCUCAUCUGUGCAUCAGUGUGUGGAGUGUGCCCCUGGGGCCUUCAGGGGACACAGAGAGGACAAGUGGUGGCCUUGGCCCCUGCCAGCCCCACACUGCCUCUGGUACCCAGAUGCCACCCAAUAAAGUUUUCACAGACACCUAAA